CAACUCGGUCGAACACGGAAAAUGUCCUAUUCUACCCAGUCCGGUCGGAAGAUCGUGUGUAUUCCGUGUCGGGCACGGAAGAAGCGAUGCGAUGGUCGGCGGCCUGUCUGCUCUUCCUGCCGCGAUCGAUUCGUUGGCUGUCGAUACCCAAGCGUCGCCUCGUCGCCUCAAUCAAUAGCAAACCCCCAAUUCACCACUCUCGGAAAUAGUCCCGUCACGGGCUCUUGGUCAACGGCAUACGAACCGGUGAAUCAGCCUCCGUUAGUAGCCUCGAUAGCCUCGCCAACCGUUGAUCUCAACAACUUAUUCCAGACUUCGGAGAGUUUCCAGGACAUGCCCAUGACAACUGAUAUAGAUGACCAAGGAAUUUUUUCAUGGAUCCCCGCCGACGGAGACCAAAACAACUUUUUAUGGCAGCCGGAUAUGCCUGGGAGCCUUUCGAAUCAAUUAAUCAACGUGGACACGCCGCGAGACAAAAGUCCUACUCAUCUUACGGGGCCUAAUACCCUUAGUGUCGAAGCGACAUCUCUACCGAAUCUGGAGGAGCUGACGAAACUCGUCGAUGUCUAUUUCCGACGGGUUCAUGACUUUCUACCGGUCCUGCACAUGUCCACGUUCAAGGAUUCCCUUGGCGCAACUAGUGACGAAAAUCACGCUUCCGCUCUCCUCUAUGCCGUUAUCUCGCUCGCAACAUGUGAGCGCCAGGAAAAUUCGGUCAUAACCUCAAGGGUUCGGUGGUAUAAGAAAGCCAAAGAACAAUAUUCUUCUACCAGCCAGUUGCCUGACGAACCAAUCCCUGCUUUACAAGCUGCUGUCUGUCUUAUCUUCCAAGGUAUGAUGAUCAACGAUUGGAACUUUGCCUGGCUCACUCUUGGAAAAGCUUGGAGACAAGUGGUGGCUUUGGGAUACCACCGGCUGGACAGCGAGCAUGGCAAAGCUAUGCCAGGUGCGCCGCCACUGCCUAGCAACUGGAUUCAGCGAGAAUCCAUUCGGAGGAUUGUGUGGACUCUUUAUAUUCUCGACCGCGGACUGUGCUCUCCUGUUGGUCUUGUGUGCAACAUAGAAGACAAGUACAUCCACACCAACCUGCCCAUGGACGAGGAGCAGUUCCAGCAAUCGAUCCGUCCAGAGAGCGACACAGCUGUCAAAUUCACCUGUUCAUUCGACGUAUUGCUCGAUUCUGUCCGCCAAACAGCAAUGCGGAAACAGUCUGACAAUCGAUUGCACUAUCUUAUACUAGCAUAUAUGUUACUGGGCCGUGUCGUAGCUCAUUACCAGCACUCGGAUGACUUGGAGAUUAGCGAAAAGGAGUCCGGCUUCGAUAAACUCGAAGGAUGGCUUGUGAAUCUGAGGCUUUGCCUUCCCCAUUCUGCCACGAGUCUAUCAGCUGCGCCGUUGGAGCACCUAAGGUGGGUCGUGUGGUUGAAUGUUGUCAUGAGCAUCAAUACCAUCUUCCUCUACCAUGGUAAAGAUGCACAUGAUGCUAGCCUCGGAGUUACACAUUGGUAUCACUGUCUCGCGGCUGCUCGAAAAACGGUUGCGAUGAUCCGAGAAGCUGCAGUAAUCUCUGCAGAUCUGCUACUCAAUCCGCAUACCGCGUCGCCGCUGUUCUGCAGCUCUCGCAUUCUCAUCAUCGAAUAUCUGGUGCCAGCCACAUUAGGUGAUGGCUCAAACGGCACAGAAGGUGGACUUUCAACACCACCUUUCGACGCAAGGGCAGCGAAUGGGCCGCAGGGUGCUCACUCGUCGGUGCAAGACCCAAGUCUGAAAAAAGACGUUGAUCUCACCAUUCUUGUUUUCGAGCGGCUAGCGGAAGCAUUCGGCCCUAUCGGGACAAAGUUCAAGAAAGGCAUGAUUUAUCAUCUGGCACAGGAUAUGGGUAAUGCUGCUCAACUCAAGAGAAACGGUAUCAAGGAUAUCAUGUCCGGGUGCGCAUCGUGGGGUGCAGCACCUCCGGGCUUCGGAGGCGUUUCUUCCUAA